AUGUCACCAAGACCCUGGGACGAAACCAUAGCCGGUCUGUCAUCCACCAUUCAAAUCAUCGAGCUCAACGAGAAACUCGAGAUCGUUGAAGGCAUUCUUGAGCUCGAUUUACACAAUUCAUGGGAUCGCAACCAUAAAGUUGUGCUACUCGAUGUGUGCAGUCACGCGUACCGAACCGAGAAAACACUUGUCGAAGUGGUGGCCAGCACGCAUCGAGGGAUCGAAAACGGCACCGAGACACAGAAAAACUUGAGAGUCUGGACCGAGAACCUCCGUAAGGCAGAAGAAGAAAGCAGAAAGGCGGAAGGGGCAGUUGAGAAUUUACGACAGAUAUUUUGGGAUGUGGUUUUCGACACGCGAAAAGCUGCCACCAUCUUUGGCUCACGAGAAUGGAGCGAAGCCGAAAAGCAACUCAUUCAAAAACGCCGUGAGGAUUUCCGCCGUGCUUGUCGACGUAUUGAGAACCUCAAGGACGAGAUAAAAGAUCUUACAGUCCAAGAGAAGAUCAUGGCAGCCAACCGUGGAGAAUCAUUACUCAUUGCUUUCCACGCACCAAAAAGCAUGAUAUUUCCGCCUGAAAACAAAUACGAUUCAAAAACUCAGUCCAGUUCUGAUACCAUUCGCAACAAAGAGAGAGAUGCGGGUCUGCUUCCUUCCAUAGGCGGUAAGUCCUCUUUUGAGUUGGCGGAUCUCACAGCGGAGCAAAGAAGAGAGUAUGAGGACAUCCAAGAACGAAGACUUGCGAUGAAGUUGAGAGCCGAAGAUCGAAUGCAACGUUAUCAUCGUUACCGCCAACCCCCCGAACCUGAUUUUGAAAUAUCUGCCUCAGAAAGUGAAGUUAUAUUCGCUAACUCCAAAAAGGUCAAGAGAACGACGGUCAAAAGCCGACCCAUUGAUGAGGAAUUGGAGCGUUACUUGAGUGGUGCUUGCCAGCCAAUUGUGUAUACAGGCUAUACCUCCGAGCGUGCCAGAAAGUUUGGGUCUACGUCUUUUACGCCAUUUCCAGAGACGGAAGAAAAUAUCAGUCCACUAGAGGUAGCGAAUCUCAUCGCAGAACUAGAAGUUUCGGAAAACCUGAAGGCGAAACUUCCUGAUACUUCGAGAAACGAGAUCUUCCGCCAACGUCAUGAUAACCAAAUUGGGAUUUUGCAGGAGCAGAUCAUUAAGGCGAGAGAGCACAGCAGAAAGGAAAGAAGAGGGAUGGCUCGGGAGAGAGAGGAGAGAAUUGUAGUGAGUGAAGGGGUUUUGAAACAUAAGCUAGCGCAUUAG